GAGUGCGCGCGGGGUGGGUGCGUGCUUGGGCGGGUGCUCGGUGAGGCCGCGGUUGGUAGUUGAGUUGGAGAUGGCGACGUAUCCUUACGGCUCGAACUAUCCUGGGUCAUCAGGGCCUGCACCAGGAGCUCCACCGGGCAGCUACUUCUCAAGUCAACACCAGGCUGGAGGUCAAUACGGCCCCCAUUCUGGCCAGUAUGGGGGUCCACCGCCAGGUAGUCCUUAUGGAGGGCCACAACCGAGUGCACCAUACGGAACAUCAGCAGGUGGGCAAUAUGGAAACCAAGCACCAGGUGCACCAUAUGGAGCUCCACCGCCAGGAGGGCACUUUGGAGCCCCUGCACACGGAGGCCAGUAUGGACCUUCAGCACCAGGAGCCCCAUAUGGAAGUGCAUCUUCAGCAGGAUAUUAUGGAGGGCCAGCACCAGGUGGUCCAUAUGGAGGACACCCAUAUGGAAUUCCACAGCAAAGGCAAUAUGGAUCAGGUGCUUCUUUGGCUGGUGAUGUUCCAGCAGGCAUUGAUCCUGAAGCCUUCUCUUGGUUCCAGUCGGUGGAUGCAGAUCGAAGUGGCUACAUCUCGCUGAAUGAACUCAAGCAGGCCCUUGUCAACGGCAACUGGUCAACGUUUAAUGAUGAUACCUGCCACAUCUUGCUCAAUAUGUUUGACAAAAACAAAAUGGGUAAAAUUGAUCUAUAUGGAUUUUCUGCACUCUGGGGAUUUCUUAAACAGUGGCGCAACAUGUUCCAGCAGUUUGAUCGUGAUCGAUCAGGGAACAUAAACACCCAGGAGCUACAACAAGCUCUCACUCAGAUGGGUUACAACUUAAGCCCACAGUUUGUCCAGUUCCUGACAACUCGGUUUGCACAAAAACCAGCUCGGUCCACCAUACAGCUGGACAGUUUCAUCCAGAUUUGUACACAGUUGCAGACCACAACUGAUGCCUUCAAAGAGAAAGACACCAACCGUUCUGGAAAUAUCCGCAUUAAUUAUGAGGACUUCCUAACUCUUGCGAUAUCACGCAUGCUAUGAUCUGUUGUGAUAACAGAAAAGAAAAUAAGAUCUGGAUUGAGUCUCCAUUCACAUUGUGGUCAGCUAAAUGGACUAAAAUUAGAACUCCUAAUUUAACACAAGAUUAAUGCAAAUGAACGGAGCAAUUUGAAAUGGAUGACAGCAUUAUCGCAUCACUUGUACCGCAGCUUACCGCCCAAUGCUAUAUUUCAACGCUCAAUUUCUAGCACUAUUUAGUAAAGUAAUGCAUUCUCAUGUAACAGGAACUUUAGUUGCUUGAAAUCACUUAAAGAAUGUACAUACUCUUCAAGACUUCCAUAAAUAAAUUGGAAUUAUGUUAGAAUUGAAACCUGCUCCAACCGUAUGAGGUGGCUUUGGUGUAAGAGUAGAGCCUGAUACAGAAUAUUCCAAAUCUAUAGCCUAUGAUUUGAAAUGGGUGUCAUUCCAUCAAAAUGUGUUUAUAAAGUUCUGUAUAGAGCAGCCUGACAGAUGUGUAGUAGAUUAUACUUUUUCCUUUUUUUUUUAUCUAUUUAUGUUACUCAAAAUUAAAACACAAAUCAGUGGUAUUCAGUUCAUGCAUUAUCACAUGGGAAUAAAAAUAGGAAUUGUGAACCUUAA